UCGUGUGUCAGUGUGCGAAAGAAUACAUAAAUAUUGUCUCGUUAUUCAAAAUGCGGGGUGUAAAUGCUGCUAAAUUGUUUCUAUUAAUGCGUUUGCUAUAGCACCCCAAUAUUUGUGAAACGUUCUUGUGUUUGGAAUGUGCGAUACAUUUGUCAAACAAUCGUACGGAGCAUUGUUUAUCAGAGAUACAUUCACCGUUUGCGUCGAUUGUUGAAUGUAUAUCAUGGAAUGAAGCAACCGAGUUUUAGUGAAGAUAAUUUUCAGCUGCACGACCGAGGAGCUGAUCGACCGAGUGCUGCAGAACUGCGUUCAAUGGCAAUGAGACAACAGCAACAAAUAGACACACAGCACCAGAUGUUGGCGGCAAAGGAACAACGUUUACGGUUUCUAAAAUCCCAGGAAACGCGUAAUGUUGUUUCGAUAGCUGAAGCAGAGCGCCUUCGAAGACUACGCGAGCGCGUAGAAGCCCAGGAAUCUAAACUGCGGCGCCUCCGAGCGUUGCGUGGUCAAGUGGAUUUGCAGAAAACCUAUAAUGUUACGCUGGGCAAUGAUCUAGACUCGAUAAGAGCAUUAUUUAGCGAAAAGGAAAAGGAGCUUACAUUAGCUGUGGCUAAGGUAGAAGCGCUGACACGACAACUAGAAGAGCUACGACGUGAUCGCAGAGGAGUCGGUACAAAUGGCAUUUCAUACAAUCUAAAUGCAAAUGCUCUAAAUAACAAUGGGUCGCCUGCGGGCAAAGAGCUGGAAAAGUUGCGUUUGGAACUUGUUUAUCGCAAUCAGUUGUCAAUGCAACAAAAUGCUCGCUUGAAUAUGCAGAGGGAAGCAUUGCAGCAGCGCCAGAUAGAACUACAUUCAGUAGACAAACGCAUCGUUGAAUUGCAAAGUCGUAUUAACAAGAAAAGAAUACUCAAUGUGCAGAAUUACAAACUAAAUGCAGCAAAUAAUAGCCCAGGAUCUGGACAAAACCACAGUAAAACAAUACCGUCCAAUAUUAACCAUCCGUUGCACGUGAGGUCCUCAUCGACACACAUAAUUCCUUCGCACUCACGAACUUUGAGCCGUGGUAAUGUAGUUGCAGUGGAACCGUUUAAUCAUGUUCCUGUCAAAUCAACGUCGUUUGGACAUGGAUCAAACCCUUCGCCAUCCCCGUCUCCGCUGGUGAACACGAAUGAGAAAAUGCAACAACCAAUUUCUAGUGCCACUGACUUUAUGCAACAUCAGCAUCAACUUCAAACUUAUCAGUGGGACAAUGAAAAACAAGCGAUGAUGAUGGGCGGCGAUGAGGCUAUGCUGCUAGCACCGGAAAGCGAUGAAAAGAAAUUAGCAGUUCGGCAGCAACAACAGCAACAGCAGUACCGUUCCCGUUACGCAGAAAGCGUUGGGAUUGUUACAGGUCCCGAAAUGACAACGGAGGAUGAUUCUGCGACUGAAAAGCCAAACUAUCCGGAAGCGCAACAACAUAUGAUCGCAAACGAUUUUGAUAUAAAAAUCAAUCCUAAUACGGUAUCAGGCUAUGACAGCGAGAAGGGAUUGUUUGAAUUCUACAACAACACACCUCCGGGUGAGGGUGACUUAGAUACUGUUGCUAGCACAGCUAACGAUAAAGGACAGACAAGGGAUAAUAAUAUUGCGCAUACUAAGGCUUAUGGCAAUAAUCAAGAGAAACACCAACAAAAUAAUUCCAACCAACCGAAAGCUAGCUACAACUUUCUACAAAACAUUCCAUUGGGAAACUUGGUGGUACCUCCGAGGAAACCGAUAAACAGCGUAGCACCGACGCUUGCUAUGAAGCCUGUCACAUCUGCGGUUGGAUCUUCGGCCAUCAUGAAUGAAACCACAAGUGCAAAAAUAACUAGUGUUACACGUAAGGUUCCAUUAGGAAUUGACAGUGGUGGUGGUGGUGGUGUGACAAUGAAUGAAGCUGAACAAGCAUCAAUUCCUACAAGUCCAAAUAACAACAGUCGGCCGGCACUACCUCCGAAACCUAACAAACCGCCAUGCUUCGGCAAUUCAGGUACAGCAAAUGUUCCGGGAAAUAGCAAUGCAAACGAUGAAAAUAGUAACGAAACUAAUGCUACUUUAGAAGGAGGAUUGACAAACAACGAGCAGGACUCUUCAUCUUCUACAUCAUUCGAUAUUCCGGAUUUGGGACUGCAGGCAACAGUUAGCAAACAAUCGUCAUCAAAUGAUAAACUUCCCAUCAAAGCUAAACCCUUGACAAUCAGGAAACAUCCAUUUUUGGAGCAACCGAGGCUAAAAAAUGUUACCGGUUCGUUUAAUUCCGGCAGCGGAACUGUUGUUAGUACGGGGCUAAAUAAAUUGCCACCUACUUCCGGAACGCAGCAGCAACAGAUAACAAAUAAACGGAAGGAAGUAGCAACUGGUGGCGAUGGGAAUGAAACUGCACAUUAUGGUAUUUACGAAAUUGAAGGAUUGCAGGACAAGAAAUCCGCCGUAGACAUUAGUGAGACUAUGACAGGAAGAGAUCAUCCAAUAGAACGCCUAAAAAAGUUAAAAAGUGGUAGUUCAAAUAGCAGUGACGGUGCAGGGAACACUGAUAAUGAAGUUACUAGACGGAAGCGUAAUUUCAUUGCAAUAACUCCCGACAGUCAGAGUAAUGCUGGCAGUAUUGGAGCUAUGAAUAGUACUGGAGGAUCAAUUGUUGGCGAAGGAAGCAAACAUAAAUUGUCGCGGCGGGUAAGCUUUGACCCGUUGGCACUUUUGUUGGAUGCCAGUUUGGAAGGUGAAUUAGAAUUGGUAGAGAAAACUGCUAUGCAAGUCACUAAUCCAAGUGCAGCCAAUGAUGAAGGCAUCACCGCGCUGCACAAUGCUAUAUGUGCGGGUCACUUUGAGAUAGUAAAAUUUCUGGUAAAUUUUGGAUGCGACGUCAAUGCACAGGAUUCCGACGGCUGGACACCAUUGCACUGUGCCGCUAGUUGCAACAAUUUACCGAUGGUCAAAUUUCUUGUCGAGUCUGGUGCCUGUUUGUUCGCAGCAACACUAUCUGAUCACGAAACACCUGCCGAGAAGUGUGAGGAAGACGAAGAAGGAUUCGACGGAUGUUCUGAAUAUCUUUACAGUAUACAGGAAAAAUUGGGCAUAUUGAAUAAUGGAGAAGUGCAUGCCGUGUUCGCGUACGAAUCUCAACAGCCUGAUGAAUUAAGCUUUUUUGUGAACGAUAAGCUCACUAUCAUUCGGAAAGGAGAUGAAGCCGAACGUGAAUGGUGGUGGGCACGCAAUACCUUAGCCAAGGAAGGUUACGUUCCAAGAAACUUACUUGGGCUAUAUCCACGGCUUGCUCCGUCGUACGCCGAUGACAAUUAGGGUUGUUAGUUGAAUAAUAUUGUUCGCCAAUGCAAGGCUUUGCAGUUCAAUUCACAAUGUGUGUCUAUCUCAAUAUCAUUCAGUAUGAUCAUUGCUAGUAUGAUCCUACCCUUCAUAUCCCAAAUAAGGGAAGUUCUUCUUUUUGGCGUAUCGUCCUGUUUGGGUAUGCCUACUAUAACUGAUUUGCAAAAGAUUUUGCUAAGGGAGUUCAGUCCAGAAGAUAUGUUGAUGGUGCUGUCGUGUGAAAGGCCAACUCCGUAACCACUGUCUCAUCGGGCGGCCCAGUAGAUUGUCAGAGGAGAGAAUCUCCAUAGAGAACCCACAUUUCACCAAGGACAUCUGCUCAAGCAGGAGUAUUCACUAUGCCCUGAGAACUGCACGAUUCGCACAAGCACCUACGGACAAGCAUCAAAACAUAUACCGGAUGGAUAGUACCUUUUAGGGUACAUUUGGGCUAAAUAAUGAAGCUAUCAGAAGCUCCUCGGCGCCGCACGAAUGGUUAGACAGUCAGGCGUUCCAUAUCAUCACGACAUCAAUCUUAUGUAUGAAAUUGUCGGUGCUUCAGUUCACUCCUUUCGUGUUGGGCAAGGUAAUAUCCACGUAUAGAUUAGAGGAUAUUUCUAUCUAGUAUAGGCUAGAGAGGAGCUUAGUAACCUAAACUAAUUUAUCUACGGGUUGGAGACGUUCAACCAAGAAGAAAACAGUUGUGAAGCAUUGCGAUUCGAAUUAUAAAUUCUUGUAUAGGUAUAAAGGUAGUGGCGUUUUAUAUAAAUUCCAAAAUGAUAUAAAACGCUCGUAAAUAAGUUGCGAAAGAUGUUUUCAUUGUAUGACGCGAAACAUAUUGCUAUAAUAACGUAACGUAUACUUACAUGCAUGUAUAAACAUAUGAAAAAUUCAAAAUGUAAUCAAAAUAAGUUUGAUUUUGUUGAAACAAUCUUAAGCUCUCAUAAAAGUCUUAAGUAGUUCAAACAUUAUUAAUAGAAGCACUUCUAUUAACAGUGCGAUGAUUGUUAAGGUAUUGUUUUUGGAUAUAUGGAUUGAUAUGGAUACGAAGGCAAAAAGUUAUUAAUAAAACAUAAACAAAAACAGAUAAUGUAAUAUAAAUACACGAAAGGAUUGUACUUUCAUGUACUUUCAUACUUUUUUUUUUGCAAUUCCAACAUAUGUUUAAUAAAAUUGUAUCCAAAUUGAGUUUAGAAAUAGACAUAUUUACGAAAAUAUAUGUCACGCUCCUUUUUUGGUGCAGGGUAUCUCCAUUAUUCGUUUUAUUGAUGGAACAAGUAUAUUUGUAUAGAUAACUGAGAAUCAUAUGCGUAAAAAACAUUGUACCAUAUUUUAAAUUGAGAUUUGUGAUGGUAACGCGCAAAGGUUAAUAAGUGCUGGGGAACGUAAGGGAAUGCCGUACUUGUUCUGGUUCCUCUGCUGCGUUCCAUGUUAUGUGUCAGAAAUGCAAUGUCGUUUGUGAUCGUUUUGAGUCAAACCUGUCGCAUUCCGCAUUUUUGAAUUGUACACAAGAAGUGCGAGCGUCUACGUAAAAUUUAAAACGAAUUUGUUAUGCGUGUAAACAUGUAACAUGUGUAAAACU